GCAUGGCUGCAAUUGUCCAAAGUAAAUCUCAAAAAAGUAGUGAAAAGGCAACCUGAAUUCCAAAGUACAGGUGCGGAAAAGGACAGGGACGCACUUUUCGCCUAUAGAAGGCGAACGUUCUGAAACCAAUUUAAAAUGUUGGCAUGUGGACGUUAAAAACAUUUUAUUCUGUUUUAGUCCAUUCUGAAUUCUAUAAAAUAUACCGAUCUGAACGAGGCGCCAAAUGACGAAUAGGGAAGGGCAGUUGUAAAGCCCUCAUUCAAUCGGUAGCUCAACAUCUCUACAUUUUUUCACGCGGGUCGACAGCUUAUGCAUUUGAGUUGUGAUCGAUUCUACUGCAUUCCUAUCAAAUCCUUAAUCAAAGCAGUUCUUGGAAAUUGUGUGAAAUGGUAAGAGCGAUUGGAGUGUCCGGGGCAGUACCAGGUGUUCCUUGCCCGGGGUUCGAAUCCCGUACGGUUCAGUCCAGAAAAGCUUUCCAUCAUGGCUCUGUGGUGCUACAUUCCCGCCCAUAUCGUAAAAGAGGAAUCAUCAGGGUGACAAACUCCGUAGUUGGUCACGUUCCCAAUGAGGUGCACAUGGAGGAGAAACUUGAUGCAGAUCCCAAAACUGUCCUCUCUAUCAUACUAGGUGGUGGAGCUGGAACACGACUCUUUCCUCUCACAAGAAGAAGAGCAAAGCCUGCUGUACCAAUUGGAGGGGCAUAUAGGCUUGUCGAUAUACCAAUGAGCAAUUGUAUUAACAGUGGAAUCAACAAAAUAUUUAUCUUAACUCAAUUUAAUUCACAGUCACUGAAUCGCCAUAUUUCCAGGGCAUAUGGUUUUGGAAAUGGUGUGAACUUUGGUGAUGGAUUUGCUGAGGUCCUAGCAGCUACUCAGACUCCAGGCCAGGAGGGUAUGAAUUGGUUCCAGGGAACUGCUGAUGCUGUGAGACAAUUUAUUUGGCUUUUUGAGGAUCCCAGGAACAAAUACAUAGAGAAUGUUAUUAUUUUGUCUGGCGACCAUCUCUAUCGAAUGGACUACAUGGAUUUUGUACAGAAACACAUCAAUGUGAAUGCUGAUAUCACUAUUUCAUGUGUACCAAUGGAUGACAACCGUGCUUCUGAUUUCGGUCUCAUGAAAAUUGAUGAUUGUGGACGGGUACUUUAUUUCAGUGAGAAGCCUAAGGGAGAUGAUCUAAAAGCAAUGCAAGUGGAUACAACAAUUCUUGGUUUGUCACCUGAGGAGGCUGAGAGGAAACCUUACAUUGCAUCCAUGGGUAUAUAUGUUUUCAAGAAAGAUGUCCUUCUCAACCUUCUCAGGCGGGCAUACCCAACUGCCAAUGAUUUUGGGUCAGAAAUAAUUCCUGCAUCCAUGAAAGACUGCAACGUACAAGCAUAUCUAUUUAAUGAUUACUGGGAAGACAUAGGAACAAUCAAAUCAUUCUUUGAAGCAAAUCUGGGUCUUGGAGCUCAAGUUCCAAAGUUUUGCUUUUAUGAUGCAGCAAAGCCAAUAUUCACUUCACCUCGUUUUCUACCACCAACUAAAAUAGAGAAAUGUCAGGUACGAGAUUCAAUAAUUUCACAUGGAUGUUUUCUUCGGGAAUGUAGUGUAGACCAUUCCAUCAUUGGAAUCCGCUCAAGAUUGGAAUCUGGUGUUAAAUUAGAGGAUGCCAUGAUGGUUGGGGCUGAUUACUAUGAAACAGAAUCUGAGAUCGCAUCAUUACUAGCAGAAGGGAAGGUUCCUAUUGGAAUAGGGAAGAACACAAAAAUAAGGAAUUGCAUCAUUGAUAAAAAUGCAAGGAUUGGGAAGGAUGUUAUGAUAUUGAACACUGACAAUGUACAAGAAGCAGAUAGACCAUCGGAAGGGUUUUACAUCCGUUCAGGAAUAGUUAUAGUUUUAAAGAAUUCGACAAUUAAAGACAGCACUGUAAUCUAGCAAAGAACAUUGAUUUUUGGUGCCUAAAUUUGCUGUCCAUAGCAAGAUAAAAGCAGGAAAUUAGCACUUGUGAAUUAGUUUCAGUAGAGUUUUCAUCCCAGUAACAGAGAGCAUUUAGUUUUGCCUAAGGCAAGUUAAAGGUUUAGAUACUGUAAAUGGAAUUGAUUGAACAACAUUUGUAUUAGUUCAAACUCAAUGCCUACAUUUUAAACACUAUUACCUAAUCACAGAAAUAAAAUGAUGAUAACAGUUUAGUC